UCAACCAACAAGUCUGAACAAUUUACCACUGCUGCCUGGGGGGAAUUACUUCCAGACUGAAGUACAGUCCUUCAGUUUCACCAAGUCUGCACACGGAAUAGGAGCUUCCCUUAAACAGACUCACUUGGCGGUGAGGACUCUGGAGGACUGCUUUUCCUUCUUAAGGAUUUGGACAGGAUCAGACUUUGACUGUAAACGGGACAGGUUUUGACAGUUCAUAUUAUGGAAGAGGAUCUUCUGAAUGAUAACUGCACAGCGGAUAAUCUGCCCUUGUACACAUUUUACGCCUCUGUGAUGAUUGUGGAGUUCAGCCUGGCUCUGCCUCUUAACCUCUCAGUGCUUUACCUCUUCAUCUUCAAGCUGGAGUUCUGGAAACGGGACUCCAACAACAUUUUCCUGUUCAAUCUCGUGUUGGCUGACCUUCUUCUGCUCGGCUGUUUGCCAGUGAACGCGUAUCAUUUCCUUCACGGAGAGCGGCAGAGUGUGGACGGAAACAUCUGCAAAACCAUGCUCUUCAUGCUGUUCCUGAACCGAGGCGCCAGUAUCGGCUUCCUGGCUGUCAUUUCACUCGAUCGCUACUUCAACGUGGUACAUCCUGGGAACAAGGACGUUGUCCUCAAAAAGUCCCCUCAUAUAUCUGUCAUCAUCUGGCUAGUACUGCUCCCUUUGACAAUCCCCACCAUGCUGAAGACUGGCUGCUGUAGCAGUCAUGGGGACAUCACUGACACUCUGAGAGAGGUUGUGUUUUUCACCCAGAUUCUCAUCCCUUUCUUUGUGUUGGUGUACUGCACGGUCCGCAUUGUCAACAGACUCAAAAAGAAGACAGUAGGUGACACGACCAAGCUGCGUCGAGCAGUGUUUCUGGUCACCUCUGUCAUGCUGGUCUUUUCUAUCUGUUUCCUGCCUUGUACCAUAGCUAGAAUUGUUCUGUUGAUUGUCAGAGCCAUGGAUUUACAAAAUGCUGAGAAUAUAGCUGUUCAGGUCUAUGAUGGUUUCAUAGUUUUUUCCCACAUGGAUUGUCUAGUGGACCCAAUUGUGUACUGCUUAAGCAGCACUAAGUUCAAACGCCUCUACCUGAAAACUUAUUGCCCCUGUCUACUGAGAAACAACGCAGAAACGGCUGAAAGAACAAACCCAACACGAACCAACUUAAAUCUAAAACGCAACAACAAUACACUGUAGCUAGUAGGUAAUAAUGCUUCUGGGUGUGGUAGUGGGCGUGGCCACCGUUUUUAAAAGAGAGUUUCUUGCAAUUAUACACUUUCAUGGGGCUGAGAAUUUUUGGUAUUAAAAAAAAUAAAAAAAUAAAUAAAUUCCUGCAGUUCUACACAUUUUGCCAUGGCUUAUGCCGUAUAACUAACAUGUUCUUAAAACAAAUCUAUUGGGGCCCCAUGCCAUGACAUUUUUUACAUUUUAGAUUCUCUCUGACUGUCUAGUUUUUAUUUUGGUGAUGGUUAGUUCUCAAAGAUGACCUUAUUUAAAAAGAUAUAGCUCCAUUCUCUUUUCGACAUACUUUAUAUCUGGUUUUAGUCGUUUUAAGUUCACACUGAAAACGUUUUUACAGUAUUCAUAUUUUUUUUGGUGUGGCGGCCCGCCGCUGCUAAUUGAAUAUAGGGGAAGCACUGGCAUGUUCAGCUUUUGUUUGCCAAAUCAGACUGUGAUUCAAUACUGGUUUCUGUUAUGAUCAGUCAUCGGUUUCUUUCACCUGUGAUGUCAUCAUGUUAAACAGAUCAUCAUGAUGCUGUUACUAAUUGUCUGGGUCAA